AUGAGUUCCUAGAAGUUCGGGACCACGCACGUCAUAACAUUUGGUGCCCCGUCCGCAGGAUUUCAAACCGCUUCUACUAAAUGUUUAGCGUCAAACGACAGUGCCGAUGCGUUGAAGACAAAGAUCGUACUGAGGAGUGAUUAAAUUGCAUUGAUUCGAUAUGAACCGGCUCUCAGAUACGGACUCGGAGGAUGACUCCCGUGAAGAUGCUGACCGUCCGCGGGGGACUUUUGUGCUGCGCCCAGCGAUAACUAGCCUGCCUUCAAUUAUUGUUGAUCACGACACGGAGGAUGAUAGCUCCUCAAGCGAUACGGAGGUGGUUUUUAGCAGCAUAAACUGGAGCGCGCAAGAGUCAACGGGGCUUGAGGAGGCGAUCAGUCCUGGAGGGCUGCGGACUUGGCCUGCUCCACCUGCGUCGGGUGUUCCCCGCCCUGCCGGAGGUAAUGUUGUCCCUACGCGCCCUGUCACAGCAGCUGCGGAUGCGUCCGGCAGCAGCGGGAUCGCGGCAGGAGAGCCGAAAGAGUAUGAUUCGGCAAGGAGCCCCGCCCAAACAAGGAACACAGGGGGCCCUUCAGGCCAACCCACGGCCUCGACUCCUCCGCAGCCCGCUGCGAACGGCGGCGGGGCCUAUGCUACCGACCGGACAAAGGCGGCAGAGCUGCCAGACGCCGAUGACGAAGAUGAGGACGACGACGAAGAGGAGGAGGAGCACGACGCUGGCAGCUUGCAGCUUUAUGAGGGGCGCGGCUGGUUAUCAGGCGCGGCGGGUCGUCUUGCAAACGUGACGGAGCGGAAGAGGGCCGCCGCCGCAGCCACCGAUGCGGAGCAGGUGGCUGCAGCCGCUCGGGAUGCCGCAGCGCUGCGACUGCACCUGCAACAGCAAAGGAUGCAGCAGCAGCAACAAGGGCGACAAGAAGGAGGAGAAGGACAGCAGCAGCUGCAGGAGGAGCCGCAGGGCGCUAGGGCUGCUGGCGCGGCGGCCGCGGGGUCCAUGGUGGAGGGCACCGAAGGCAACGCAGCAGGCGUUACGGAUCAGGCAGCAAUAGCAGUGGGUGCUGCUGCUGCUGCUAAUGGUGUGGCUGUUGAGAAGCAGCGGGAUCAGGUGGUGGAGGAGGAGCAGCGGAUCGCGAGGGACUUCCAUGAAGCCAUCCUGGCUGCUGAGGCUGAGCCCCCUCUGGUGGCCCCCAGCGACCUCAGCCUCCACCUAGACGCCCCGGUGGCUGGGCUGGGCCUGGAUGAUUUGGACGCGCUCAUCGCCCGGCUUGCUGCGGGAGCAGCAGACCUUGCCGCGCCAGGGCCGGCGGCGCCACCUGCGGCCGCAGCAGGAGCAGGAGCUGCCGGCAGCGAUGGGGCUAGCGGCGGUUUGUGGGCGCUGGAGUUGCCGGCCGCGGAUAGUCUCUGGAGCGAUGAGGAGGGGGAGGAUGCGGGAAGGGCCGAGCCUUUUGCACGGCAACCUGUGCAGCCCGCUACUAGUGCUGCUGCUACUGCUGCUGCUGUUGCUGUUGGCGAAGCAGGGGCAGCAACAGCAGCGGCAACGGUGGCCCCGGGGAGGAGCCCGGUGACGGGAGCAGCAGGGAUGGCGGCGCCAGUGGUUUCAGCGGCGCCAGCUCCAAUGCUUGUGGCAAGUACAGGUCCGGCGCCGAUGCCGUCCCCAUCCCCCUCAUCGUCCCUGCCCGCACCCCUCCCGGCCAAGUUCAAGUUCUUCGCGGCACCGCCGCCGCAGGGCAGCCAGCCAGGCGCCAUGCCACCGUUGCCGCCGGCACCGCCCAUGCUCCCAACCGGGUCCGCCUCCGUCAACCCCAGCGGCGGCGGCGCUGGCCCUGUCGUACUCGACCUCCGUCAGUCCAUAGCCGAGGUGGUGCAGCGGAGCUCUCGGGAGGUCGCCUCCGCUGCAGCGCAGCGUGAGUCGGAGGCCAAGGCCGCGGCUGCCCGGCGGCGCUUGGUGGACAGUAGCGAUGACGAUGAUGAUGUUAGCGGUGACGAUGGCGGCGGUGGUGGCGGUGGCAAGGCGCGUCCAGUGCCGCCGCCGCCGGCGCCGGAGGCUAGGCCGCCUGUUAACCAUGCUGCUGUCGGCACUGAUGCUGAUGCUGUGAUUAGCAUUGGCUCCGCGAGGCAGCAAGGCGCCGCGUCCGCUGUUCAGCCGCGGACCGCUAGGCCCCCCGUCGCCACGGUCCCUGCUGCAGCUGCAGCUACCGGCAAUUCCCUUCCUUCUUCAGCGGCUUCAGCGGCUGUCGGCAGCGACGGCGGCGGCGCCACAGCUGUCGCCGCCAAGCCGUCCAGCAGUGUCGGCACGGACUGCGCCGACCUGCGCCCCACCUCACGUUCCGUGUUCGUGUGCACAGCGGAUCGGGCCGCAGAGGAGGAGGAGCGGGCGCGGGACAUUCGGGAGUACCUCCGAGCGCGCAGCGCAGCGGCAGCUGCAGCAGCGGCGGCGGAGCAGCAGCGCCAGAGGGACGCCGCAGCGGCGGCGGCUGCCUCCGCUGCGGAACGACGUUGGCCGGAGCCGCCGCUGGAAGUAGCGCAGCGCGUAUCUACGCUUGCAACACAGCAGCAGCGGAUGGCCGCCGAGACCACAUCAGUCGUUGCCGCUACCGUUGCUGCUGCUGCAGCAGCGGCGUCCAACGGGUCACAGCCCAAGUCCCGACGCGUUGUAACGUUUGCAGGCGGCCACGGUGGUGCCCUGUCCGAUAGCUCCGUGACAUCCGCGUCCAUUCUGCCGUCUACCACCAGCAACGUCAGCAACAAUGCCAGCUCGUGCGCGGGCACGGCGCAGAAGGGGCAUCAGCCUCUUGCAGCUGCAGCCAACACCGGCAGCGGCAGUGCGGAUGGCUCCUCCUCCUCCUCGCCCUCUACGGACGCUGCGGUAUCGCGAGCGUUUGCGGGCUGCAGCACGGAGGGCGACGAGGCCUGGCUUGCGGAGCCCGCAGCGGCAUCCGUCGUGGACGCGAAGCUGGAGCGCGGUUCGCGGAUGGCUGCGGCGGGCACCGUUAUUCCACUCCGGAACCAGUCCCGAAACCAGCCCCCCGCAGCGUUCAGCAACAGCAACGCUGCUGCUAGCAAGCUUGAGGACGGACUUGCCGGUUCAACAAGCGCUGCUGGUCCUGCUACUGCGCAGGCGAAGACCCAAGCAGCCGCUCCGGCUGCUACGGCUACAGCUACUGCGCCCAUCUCAGCAACUGCUGAGCUGAGCGACGGCCCCUCCCGGCCAUCCGCGCUGCAGCUGCCCUCGCCAACCGACCAGCCCAGCCCCCGUCACCCAUCCGCGCCCACACGACCUGCUCCAAAAUCCCCAGCGGGCGGUUCCCCUGCCGGCAGUGCUCCGCGCGGCGCUGCCGCUGCGUCGCUACCCACUGACCUGGGCCGGCUGCCCGCAUGGCUUCCACCCGACAGCUGCUUCACGCUGCUGAUCACCUCCCCAUCCAAUCUUCCUAGUCUGGAAGUGGGAGCGGUGCUGGAGUGGCUACUGCGGGCCUCCUCGCCGUCGCAGCGCUCGUCACCAUCAUCCGCAUCCGCAUCUUGCAGCCUGCCAGCCUUCUCGCUUGUAGGUGUUCGGCUGCUGGGGGUGCCACCCAGCUGGCCGCUGCUACCGCCCGCAGCCGCAGCAUCCUCCCCGGCGGCAUCACCAUCGGCUACGGCAAAGCCGGUCAGUGUUAGCAGCAGCAGCGCCGCAGCUGCUACCAGCGGUGAAGUCCGCGUGCUGGCUGUCGCAUGCGUGCCUCGUGCGGGCUUGGACGCGGACUUGUAUAACCAUGAGCCGCCUGCGGCUGCAGAGGCUGCCAGCGCUGCUCGCGAGCUGGCCUCCGCGCUUGCUGCCGUGCCGCUGAGUGAGGUCCUCAGAAGCGCCUCGUCGCCCUCCGCCGUGGGCCGUGAGGGUGGCGCCGUGACGCCAGCAGCGGCGGCCGCAUCCAAGCAGCAGCUGGCUGCAUGGGUGCGGGUGCUGCCAGGCUCACAGCAGCUGUUCGGUCCGUUGCGUCUGGGACCGCAUGCGCUGAGUCAGCAUCUGAGUCAGCAUCCACGCACGAGCGCGUCUGGCGGUGCCCCUUCGCCUGGCUCUCACGCUGCUGCCGCUGCGGGUGCAGCUCCGGCUGGAACGUUCCUGUGCAUGGUCACCAGCGGGGUGCUGCAGCACGCCCACCUCCUAUCGGGGCUUCUGGGCAGAGCCGCAUGUCUGGGUCUUACCCUGACUGGGCUGCAGGUGCUGUACGCGUCAGAGGAGGGAACCGCAGCGAUUGUUUCGUCCACACCGCAUCGGCCUCUGCCGUACACCGGUGCCGCCGUACUCUCGCUGUACGGCGGCAACGAGCCGUUGCGACGGUGGCAGGCGCAGCUGGGGCCCCCGGAAGCACGUCUGGCGGCCCGUACCGAUCCCACCUCCCUGCAUGCGCUGUACGGCGAUGUUGCACGGCAGAUUACAUGCUCGUACGACAGCGCUGCUGCCGUGCGGGAGGUCUCCGCGCUGUUUUACGGGAGCAGUGCCGGUGGCGGCGAUGGAGAGCCGACGGGGACGCCGCCGGCUUCACCGCAGUCGCAUAGCUCCGGAGCUGCAACAGCAGCAGCGGCUGUAGCUGGUUGCGGUCUCGUCAGCGGCGGCCCUGCGCAGACGCAGUGGCUGGCGCUGCCCUCCUGCGGCGCUGCGCAGCAGGCGCAGGCACUCUGGUGCGCGCAACACCUGUUGUGGUGCGGCUUCGGCGUCCGCGGGCUGCUGCUGUCGCAGCUGCCCCCAGGGGCCUCUCCAACCGCCUCGCAGCCCCAGCAGUCCCGGCCGGCGCUGCUGCUAGAGCUUCGCAAGGAGGAGGCAGUAGAGCAGCUGCCAGUGCUGCUUUCAAGCCUGCCGCCGCCUCCCACAUCUGCACCCGCAUCGGCGGCGGCGUUGUCACCACCUCCUGCCACGAUAUCGCUGCUAGCCCCGGACGUCCGCCUGCUUCCCUCCGACUUCCACAGUCUGCCGCAACCGCACGUCGCUUCAGAGCUGCUAGACCGGAGCUGCGGAACCGCUGCCAGCACUGUUUGGAGCUCCCUCCACCCCUCGUCGUCCUCAUCAAUGGCGGCGUCACAGCAGGCGGCACCGCAGCAACACCACGAGGAGGACGGCAUUGCGGUGGUGGCGCUGCAAGCGCGGCAGCUCCAUGCGGCUGCGCUGGUGCUAGCGGCCCUGGCCGCACACGUCACCACAUGCGCUAACGCCAACGCCAACGUCAGCGGCGGCGUAGGCGCAUGUGCCGUACAGCAGCAGCAGACCCCGCCGCCUGCUAGACUGGAGCUGGUGGCAUGCCGACUGCUCCGACAGGUGCCUUCGGACGUGGCAGGCUGCCUAGCAGUGCUACCGUCUCAGGCGACGGUACCCGCGUCCGCCGCAGGCAGCGGCGGCGCCUCAUCAGCAACAAGCGCCAGCAGCAGCAACGGACCCAUGGGUCAAGGAGGCCGCCCGGCUCAGCGUCUGGUGAUCAGCCAGCCUGCGCUGCUGGCCGUGUUCCAUGGCCCCUCAGCGCAAGAGCGUGUGGUGCGGCUGCUGCAGGCGGCCACGCAGCGGUUGCAGUCCUCUGGCUUGGCGGCCGCCGUAGCAGCACCGGCCGCCGCCAGUGGCGGCGGCGGCGGCAGUAACAGUGACGAUCCUGAUGGCGUCACAUGGCUUGCCGUACUGGACAAGAUGCUGCGGCAAUACUAUCCCACGACAGCGGCGGCGACGACGGCGCCGCCGCCGCUCCUGCUAGCCGCCGUGAGCGGCUCUCAGGAGUCUGCCAAGCGGGCUCUAGCGCAUGCGUUUGGCGCGGGCCACGUGUUUCUAGACGCAGCCUUUCAUGACGGAGUGCACCGCCCGCCGUUGCCGUUGUCGUCGUCGUGCAAUACCUCUGCAGCCGCCUCUGCAGCCGCUGCCGCCGACUUAUCGCCUCUGCAGCGGCUGCUGUCCGGUCCGGAGAGCUUGCCGGCGGUGGUCGCACUGGACCUGCCCGCGCUUCACCGCAACCUGCUGCCGCGGUUGCUGAAGCAGCUCUGGCGGGAGGGCUACUGCCUCCACGCCGCCGCCACCUGUGUUGUACAACCCGGUGGCGCCGCCGCCGCCGCCAUGCCCGAGCUUGCCGGCAAGCCAGCGGUGUUGCUGUACGUCAGUCGCAGCAACGCCGUACUGCACGUGCGUGCCUUGGCGGCGGCUCUUACGGCGGCUGCGGCGGGGCCUGCUGGCGUCGUCAGCAGCCUUGGGAGCCUGGUGGGCAGCACCGCUGCUGCCGCCUCUGUCAGCAACGGCGGAGGCCUUUACACUUGUACGACAUGGCAUGAGGCGGCGGCGGUCGUAUCGGAGACAUGGCCGGCGUCGUCGUCGGCAGCGGCGUGUGCGGCUCUACCGGUACCCGCAGGGUCGGCAGGAGCUGCUUCUUCGUCGGCUGGCGGCUUGCUGCAGCCUGGGGCCGCCCCCGGGGCGCCGCAGCGGCGGUUUGUGCGGCCGGAUGGCUCCCGGUUGCUGCAGCUGACUGCGAUGGUGGUGACGCCGAGUGCAGCAGCGGCGCAAGGUGGCAGUAGUGGCAGUUCCCCUGCUGCUCCCCUGCUCCUCCCGCCCCUGGGCCCCGCCCCCUCCCUGGACUGGCCCCGCCUCGCGGACAUGCUGGAGGGCCUUCACGCGGAGGGCUUCCGAUUGGCAGCCGUACGAGCCGUUGCAGCACACCCCCGCGACGUGGCGGACCUGGGCCGAGCCUCCUGCCGCAUCUCCCAGCCACAGCAACAAGCGCUGCAUGCAUCUGCAUCGGCUGCUGCGGCGGCCGCGGCUACUGCUGCUGCUGCUGCCAGCACUGUGGCUGCUGGCGACGCCAAGGGCUGUACGACAUCCGCCGCCGCGACGCUGCCGCCGCCGAGCAACCUCGUCAUGCUGGCCCUGGCGCGUGACAACGCGGUGACGUCACUGCAGAUCUUGCUGGAUGAGGC